AUGUCAUAUCGACGUAGUCAAGAUUUUUAUAUUAGUUCAAUGAUUCAAUUUAAUUGUGGUGGUUCGCUUUCAACAAGUACAAAAUGGACAAUAAAGAACUGUACUUCAACUAGAUGUUCAUUUGAAAUUCUAUUAAAUGAGAAAGUUAUGACAACAUUUAGUGAACUUUAUAUUCCAUCAAGAACUCUUGCUUAUGGUGUUUAUCAACUAACAUUAACUGUAAUAAUGAUUGAUUCACCGAAUUUAAAAUCAUCAUCUUCAGCUUAUGUGAGAAUAACGGCAACAGGUAUAACCGCAAAUCUUGUUCAAUUAGGAACAUCUAUGAUAACACGAGGUGAUCAACAGGAUCUUUUACUUGAUCCUGGAACAUUUUCAGUCGACCCUGACGAAGAUAUAUUUGAUGCAACUAAAUGGAAAUAUACAUAUUAUUGUCGAAUUUAUGGUUUGUAUAAUUUUCCAAAUAUACACGGAAUAUUAUUAUCAAUUGAUGAUUCUACAAUUGAUCCUUAUAAUCCAUCAUGUUUAACAACUCGAUCAGGAAAUGAAACAAAAUUCAUAUUUGGAAAUUCCACUUUAUCACCCAGUUCAUCUCUAACAAUUCUCGGUGGUUCACUUCAAUCGUAUCAAAUCUAUCAGUUUAUGAUUUAUAUGGAGAAUCAUAGGAAUUCUUCUAUUCAAGCAACAGGUUAUGUACUCGUUACAGUUGAAGUUACUCAUCCACAACUGAUUGCUGUUGGUUGUGUAAUAUCAACAAUGUGUGUUCCAAAUCUUGAAUUUCAACUUCUUAAUCCAACAACACAAGUUGCUCUAUUUACUAUUUGUAUUGGGACUUGUACAAAUCUUCAAAGUAUUAAAUGGAAUAUUUAUCAAGGAUCAGACAAUUCAACAUCUUCAAAUUAUACACAAUGGACUUUAUUUAAUCAAACAAGUUCCUAUGAAAAUAUUUGGUUUUUUGGUACAAAUACAAGUAAUUUCACGGCAACAGAUCUAUUAUUUCUUAAUAAUCUUCAAACAAAUCUUUGGCGUUUUGAAGUUGUUUAUACAUUUCUAUCUGCAAUAAGUACAAGUGCAUUGAAUUUUAUUAUUAAUCAACCGCCUGCAAAUGGUUCGUGUUCAAUCAAUCCUCUUAGUGGUACUAUAACUACUUUAUUCACUAUUAAGUGUCCAGAUUGGUAUGAUGUAGAUGGAAUACAAGAUUAUUCAUUAUAUGCAUGGACAACAGACAUAUCACAACGAACAAUAAUUGCAUUUUCAUCAGAAUAUAAUUUUCAAGUUCGAUUACCAACUGGUGAUAACGAAACUUCGUUACUUAAUCUUGUUGUUUAUGUUCGAGAUCUUGCGGGCUCUGUUACACAAGUGAAUAUAUCUUCUGUUAAUGUUAUUGCAGAUACCGCAACAAUCAAUGAUUUAAUUGAUAAAAUAACAAAUUCACCGAGUACAAUAACAAAUAAUCCGAUCGUUCGAUUACUUUCAAGUGGAAAUCAAAAUGUUGUUGGACAAAUAAUGACUUCAUUAUCUCAAGAAUUCAAUCAAAUGAAUAGUGACAAUUUAGAUAAAGCUAUAUUAAGUGGAAUACCAGCUGCAACUAUUUUAGUAUCGUCAUUAGGAAGUCAAAGUCUACAACAAAUUUCAAUACCAUUGAAUGAAUCAGCUUUGAUUAAUUAUAAUACAGAAUUAAAUUCUCUAGCAAAUGUUCGAGAUUAUCUAGUAACAUUUAUAACUAAUCUACUUAUAACAACAUCAAAUAGUAUUAUAUUACAAUCAUCAUCAUUAGUUCAAUUAACUCAAGCAACAAAUCAAUUAACACGAAAUACUUUAAUACUUAUAUCAAAUCGAUGUUAUGAAUUAUCUGCUGCUUUAUAUGCAAUAUUUGAAAAAAUCUCAUAUGAAGAUGCUCAAUCAGCAUCAAAUCAACUUUUUCAAUGUGCUUCAAAUCUUUUAAAUGCUGUGAAUGGACCAUUGCAAGGACGAACAGAAGUACUUGAUUUAGAUAACUCUCGUGCAAAUGUCAUAUCUACUGAUUAUGAUACUGAUCUUGAAUCUGCAUGGUCCAAUUUAAAUUUAUUUUCUGAUGGAAAUGAUUUUUCUACUGAAACAAUUGAAAAAAAUCGAAAUAUUUAUUAUCAAAAACAAUUAUCAAAUCAAAUCAAUAGUCAAGUGACACAAAUCAUAUCGCUAUUAACUUCUUCAUUAAAUAUUCAUUUAAAUAUUGGUCAAAGUUCUAUAAUAAAUACAUCUCAAUCAUUUGUAUCAUUAGAAACUAUAUCAAUUGCAUCACUCAAAGAUAGACUUGUGAAACAAGUUGAAAAUACUCAAUUUAGUAUUCCAUCAGAUUUUAUUUUGAACACAACGUCUAAUUCUUCAAUUUCACUUCGAUCAAGAGUAGAUCCACUGGCUUCAUUUGGAAAUUUUCAAAAUACAAAUCUUUCAAGAUCAAUUGCACUUUCAAUUAUUGAUCAAAAUGGAAAUGAAGUUUCUUUUCAAGCCCAUCAAAAUAAUCCAAUACAAUUGAUUAUUCCUCGUGAUCUAAAUGUAUUAAUACCAUCCAUGUAUUUACAAAAUGUUACAUCGAUUAAUUCAACUAUUAAUAAUUUACUAUUCAAUUAUCAUUAUAUUAAUAUAACAAGUUCUCUUCCAAUUUCAGUUCAUUUUGAAAUUCAUUCUUUAAAUACAAAUUUAGCUUAUUUAUUUAUUUAUAAAUUUGAUCAAACACCACAAUUAAAUAGUUCAAUUAAUCUCAUUGAUGGAUGGACAAUGUUUUGUCCUUUCAAUUUAACCAAUGAUGAUAUAUAUCGAUAUUUUAUUGAUAAUCAACAAACACUCGGUCAUCAAUCAUUAAUAUUUGGAAUAAGAGAAUUAAAUUCAACAGAAAUGAAUAAUUAUUGUUUAAAUAAUUCUUCAAUAAAUACGUCUUUACCAAUUACCGACCAAUCAAUUAAUUUUACAUCAAAUUAUGAACUUCGUCUAUAUACAUCAGGUUGUUAUUAUCUUGAUGAAAAUAAUAAUUGGAAAUCAGAUGGACUAAUAGUUGGUCCUUUGACAAAUCUCUAUGAAACUGAAUGUCUUUCAACUCAUUUGACAACAUUUGCUGGUGGUUUUAUUGUUUUACCUGCACCAAUUAAUUGGAGUUAUGUUUUUGCAAAUGCUGAUUUUAUGAAAAAUAAAACAGUUUAUUUAACAAUGAUAUUUACUUCAAUAAUUUAUAUUAUUUUAAUGAUUUAUGCACGUUUUAAAGAUAAGAAAGAUUUUGAAAAAUUGGGAGUAACACCAUUGGCUGAUAACAAUAAAUCUGAUCAAUAUUUAUAUCAAAUUCUUGUUUUUACUGGUCAAAGAACAAAUGCAGGAACAGAUUCAAAAGUUUAUUUUGUUUUAUCGGGUGGUGAUGAUCAAACACAAAUCCGGUUAUUUUCUGAUCCUCAUCGAAAAAUUCUUCAACGUGGUGGAAUUGAUUCUUUUAUUAUUGCUGUUCCAAAAUCAUUGGGAUUAUUGAAUUAUAUUCGUAUAUGGCAUGAUAAUUCAGGCGAAGGGUCUUGUGCAUCAUGGUUUUUAAAAUAUAUUAUUAUUCGAGAUUUACAAACUAUGGAUAAAUUUUAUUUUAUUUCUCAACAAUGGUUUGCAGUUGAAAAAGAUGAUGGACGAAUUGAAAGAACUUUACCAAUUGCUAGUGAAGCGGAAAAACAAGACUUUUCAUAUGUAUUAUCAAAAAAAGCUUAUCAUAGUGUUUCCGAUGGUCAUUUAUGGUUUUCAAUAUUUUCUCGUCCACCAUCAAAUAAAUUUACACGUACUCAACGAUGUACUUGUUGUUUCGUUUUAUUCUUUACUUCGAUGUUAAUUAAUAUAAUGUAUUAUGAUUUAUCAAAUGAAGCGGACGCAUCAAGUGAAACACAUAGUGGUGCUUCAUCAAUUGGUCCUUUUUAUAUAGCACCGCAACAGAUUGGAAUUGGUAUAAUGGUCGAAUUAUUUACACUAAUUCCAAGUCUCUUAAUUGUUCAAUUCUUUCGACGAAUUCAACCUCGUCAACAAAUUUCACGAUUACGUGAAGCAUUGUAUAAGAUACAAACAUCUCGAAAAACUAGUUCGACUAAUGCCCCUGCAAUUAAGAAAAAGAAAUCUUCAAUAACAUUUCCUUGGUGGUGUUUAUUUAUUGCUUAUGGUCUUUCAACGAUAAUUAUUGCUGUUUCAAUAUUUUUUAUCAUUGUUCGAGGAAUUGAAUUUGGUGAUGUUAAAACUCAACAAUGGUUAACAUCUGUUCUUACUGGUUUUUUCUCAUCAGUUAUUUUUACUCAACCUAUCAAAAUUAUAUGUUUGGCUAUAUUCUUCAUAUGUUUCUGUCGAAAUUCAAAAGAGGAGAAAGAAACAAGUGAAUAUAUAAAUGAAGAUGAUGAAUUUAAUAUAUCUAAUGAUGAGGAGUAUCUUCAUUCGCUUGAGUAUCACUCAUUAUUUUCUCCUCAAUCUCGAAAAAGUAUUAAUCGCCUUAAUGAAAAUGAAAUUGUUUAUGCUCGUGAUCAACGUUUAAAAGAAAUUCAAAUGUGGGCAGUUAUUCGGGAAUUUCUGAUUUAUUUUAUAUUUGCCAUAUUAGUUUUUAUAAUAACUUAUUCAAACCGUGAACAACAUAGUUUUUAUCAAGUCAGUCAUUUACGGGCUUAUUUUCUCAAUCAAAGACAAACGACUGCUGAUUAUACUAAAAUCAGUACAAUCGAUGAAUAUUGGUAUUGGUUAGAAAAUAGUUUUGUUUCAAAUAUUCGUGCACAACAAUGGUAUAAUGGAGAUAUCCCACAAUAUUUAAAUGGAUUUUUAAAUGAUAAAUCUAGUCGAUUAAU